AUGGCCCUAGCGAAAGUUAAAAGGGAAGGUGAUGAUUAUGACAUUCCAAAUGAAGCAGAUGACAUUCAUUUGAUCAAUGAAAGUCGGGCAGAACCUUAUCAUGGUUGCGAAGCUAGUCCGAGCAAUGAAGAAGCAACCAACAUGAAAGUGGAAGAUGGCGAAGCCGAUGUGAAACAAGAAAUGGUUGACGAUGCUCAUCGCAAUGACAUGAGAUUACCAAAAUACUUGGACCGUGUUGCUGAGAAGAGUAGAGCUCCCAAGGCACUAACAAGAGUAGGUUGCAAAGCCCAAUUUCGUAUACGAUACGAUGUAGAUGCUGGUGAAGGGGGAAAGUAUGUUGUGACUCACUUCGUCAUAGACCACAACCAUGAAUUGGCGGAACAACACUGUGUGAUGUAUCUGAGGUCACAUCAUGGUUUAAACAGUGUUGACAAAGCUCAAGCAAUGACUAUGCACAACGUCGGUGUGAAGACUAGCCAAAUCAUGGACUAUAUGGUAAAUCAAUCUGGGUCUUAUGAGAAUGUUGGUUUCAUCCGUACAGAUCUUCACAGCCAUAUUCAAGCCGUACGUAGAGCAGAAGUUGAGGAUGGUGACGCGCAGGACUACGCAAAGUUUGGUGAUGUGUUGAUAUUUGACUCAACUUACAGAACCAAUACGUACAAGAAACCUUUUGUCAUGUUGGCUAGUGUGACUAACCACUUUAGGACCACGAUAUUUGCAUAUGUUUUGCUAGCUAAUGAGACAAUUAAUACAUACACAUGGGUUUUCGAAACAUUUAUGGAGGCGAUGGGCAAUAAAGCACCUGUGUCCAUACUGACAGAUGGGGAUAUGGCGAUGCGAGAGGCAACCAGAAGAGUAUUUCCAGACGCAAGACAUCGAUUAUGUAAUUGGCAUCUUGGGAAAAAUACUGUUUCAAAUGUUUACAAAAGUAGAUUUGCACAUGCUUUCAAGCAAUGCAUGGACAUGGAAAUGGAUGAGGCAAAGUUUAAGCAUGGCUGGACAAGAAUGGUCGAAAAAUUUGGACUUCAAACCAACAGCUGGGUGUUAGAGACAUAUGAGAAGCGUGAUAUAUGGGCUGAGGCAUAUAUGCGUGGACAUUUCUUUGCUGGGAUGAAGAGCACUCAGCGCUCGGAGAGUAUGAAUGCUUAUUUUAAUCCCUUCCUCCAACACAAAUUGAAGCUAUACGAAUUUCCUAGGCACUAUGAUCGGGCUCUUGCAAGGAUAAGGUAUAAUGAGGCUGAUGCUGAAACAAUUAACACUUUUCCGGUAUUGAUUACUCCAUUGCGAGAUAUAGAGAGACAUGGGGCUGAGCUAUUCACCUGA